AGCGUGGAAGCCGUGCCGGACCACGUUGGGAACUGGGAGCCGGCAUUUUGUUCCCUUUUCCCUUCUCUGUGAACCGGAAGUGGUGACCUUUGACCUUCUGCAAGCCUCACAGGCUGAGAUGCCUUUGCAAAUGGGGCUGAGGCGUUUAGGGGCAGGCUGUGCUGCGGGGAGGGUCCUGCCUGGAGGGACGAGGCUUGGCUGGGGCCUCAGACUCAGGAGGGACUCCCAAGAGCAGCCAGCAUCUCUCCAAAAAGAUAGUGUACCUAAUCGGGGGAAAUGCUCAUUAUUGGGAGCAAAUCCUAUCACAAACCCUUCAGGGUGGUCAGCCAGUCCUUCAAGAGCCCCCAGUCUUUUGUCAGGCACCAGUUUAGGGCAUCCCCAUCUGAUCCAUCAGACUGCAUCUUUCCAAGGCCUCACAUUGGAAGACAUCCAGAAAGCCAGGGAAUCUCGACCAAAGAAAGACCAGGAGAACUUGGUGAAAGUGAGACAGAAGCUUAGCGAGAGAGCCCGGGAGCGGAAAGUACCAGUUACACGUGUUGGGCGGUUUGCAAACUUCGGAGGUUUGGCUGUAGGUCUGGGACUUGGAGCCUUGGUAGAAGUGGCAAAGAACUCCUUUAAUGGGGAACAAAAGCCCAAAGAUGGCAGCUUGUUAGAAUCCAAUCCCUUCCUUUCAGAGGCCAAUGCAGAGCGGAUCGUGGACACCCUCUGCAAGAUGCGUGGAGCAGCUCUCAAAAUUGGCCAGAUGCUCAGCAUUCAAGACAACAGCUUCAUCAGCCCUCAGUUGCAGCGAAUCUUUGAGCGUGUGCGCCAGAGUGCAGACUUCAUGCCCCCCUCUCAGAUGAUGGGGGUGCUGGUAGAAGAACUGGGCACCAACUGGCAGGACAAAGUGGCCUCCUUCGAGGAAACACCCUUUGCAGCUGCCUCCAUUGGACAGGUGCACCUUGGGGUGCUGAAGGAUGGGACAGAAGUGGCAAUGAAGAUCCAGUACCCUGGCAUCGCUCAGAGCAUCAGAAGUGAUGUAGAUAACAUUUUGGCAGUACUCAAGAUGAGCGUCAUGCUCCCCGAAGGCCUCUUUGCAGACAACACCCUGCAAGUACUGCAGAAGGAGCUGGAAUGGGAGUGUGACUACAAGCGGGAAGCUGACUGUGCCAGGAGAUUCAGGCAGCUUUUGGAAGGAGACCCCUUCUUUGAGGUACCAGAGGUGAUUAAUGAGCUCUCCACCAAGAGAGUCUUAUCUAUGGAGCUGGUCGAUGGGGUUCCCUUAGAUCAGUGCCAAGCACUCAACCAGGAGAUCCGCAAUGAGAUCUGCUCACACAUCCUUCGCCUUUGUCUCCGGGAGCUGUUUGAAUUCCGCUUCAUGCAAACGGAUCCAAACUGGUCUAAUUUCUUUUAUGACGCCAAGAGACACAAGGUAACACUAUUGGACUUUGGGGCCAGCCGAGACUUCAGCAAGGAGUUCACUGACCAUUACAUUGAGGUGGUGAGAGCAGCUGCUGACGGGGACAGGGCCAAAGUCCUUCAGAAAUCCAAAGACCUCAGAUUCAUGACAGGGUUUGAGACCAAGGUGUUCGAGGAGGCGCAUGUGGACGCAGUGAUGAUCUUGGGCGAGGCCUUCUCCACCUCAGGGCCCUUUGACUUCAGCACUCAGAAUACCACUCAGUGCAUCCAGGAUCUCAUCCCGGUGAUGCUGAAGCACCGGCUGAGUCCACCACCAGAGGAGAGCUACUCCCUGCAUCGCAAGAUGGCUGGCUCCUUCCUCAUCUGUGCUCGCCUUGGAGCUGCCAUUCCCUGCCGCGAGAUGUUCGAAGAGGCCUAUGCCCGAUAUGUCACACAGGAACGGGGUGCCAUGCUGGUGGAAAGAACUUAGCAUGAGGGAACAGCCUCAUGCCUGCAAGGUGGUGCUGUCCUCAAAUGGAUCGGAAAGUUGUGAGUGAGACCAUGUCCGUUGUACAAUGAGAUUGGGUCUGAUCCUAUAGUGGACCCUUGACUGUUGGCAGAAUCUGUGCUUGCCAGUCCCCCUUUGUAUUAUCUACAGACUUGAUUCACUCCAGGACUGGACUUUGGGAUGCCUUGGCACUUACUGUCUUGGCCAUGAGAACUUCCACCAUUUGCCUCUUCUGUCUUUACACUCCAGAGCAGCUAGGACUGGCCCUAUAGGAAGGAAACUGGCAAAGGGAGAAAACUCUGUCCUCUGUAAACUGGGUGGUGUUUUGUGCAUCCUGUCUCUAAUCUGGGCAAGGGAUAUUCAAUCUGCCUUCUGAGAGGAAAUCUAACUGCUUCCAGCUCAACAUGAGUUUGCCAGUCCUGUUUGUCUUCUUUCUCCCCCAUGGCCAUGUUUCCUUACGAUCUCAAUGUAUGCCACAGCCCUUGUGGGAGAACUGCAUGUAGAACAAGGGUGGACAAUGGAGAAACUACAGGACUGCAUUAGUCCCCAGGAGAAUGCUGAACCUCCUUAUAGAAAUUUUAAAUUUGCUCCCAAAUUCCCUCUAGGGGUACAUCUUUUGACCCAUGGAGAUCACAAAAAUAGUCUUGGGGGCAAAAUGCAGCCCAUAGUAGUUUGUGCCACAGGUAAAGAUGCUGGUCACUCCCCUAAGCCAUGAAGGGAAGGAAUGUGGAGGUGGGAAUGGGAAAGAGAAAGGUUGGGCAUCUAGUUUUCAUGCUUCUAGUUCUCAUGCAACUAGUCGGAUUGGGGAGCUGAUGAUGGCACUGAAGAGCAGUCUUCCUUCAGUUUUACCAGCCCCAAAGACCACCAUCCCCUUUGCACGCAAGGCCUUCUUUUAGAUCUCCUGAUUUCCCAUGUCUCCAGGCCAUCCUCCUUGGGUGAUGCCAGAUGCUCAACCAGGAGAUCCGCAGAAAGCAAGCAAGGGGUGGAAUAGGACAGGCCAUUCAUUCCUUACGGAAUUGAUUGUCACAAGUUCAGCUGGAUAUGGUUGCUGAAAGAGACUCCCUCAUCUGAAGUAUAUUAGCUGUAGUUUAGGUAAAAUUGAAUAUCUCACUUUUAGAACGGGAUUCAAGCAUGUGUGGUCCUGUUUUGCUGGCUUUGACCCCUCCAGACUCUGGCCAAAAAGGGGGUGGCUUGUAUUUUAUGAAAAUCUGUAAAGGGUGUGGAGCCCAUGGUCAGCCAACAGUUGGUGGUUAUGCUGCUUAAGAAAGCAACCUUCCUUUUCUCUUUUUAAACUUUGGAUGUACCUGUAAAUUCAUGGAUUGUGGGUGAAGGAUAGCCAGAUCAGGCAUUUUAAUGUUAUCAAGUGUGAUGGAGAGGUGGAGAUCUGGGGCAGAAGGAUCUGUUUUAGCAGCAAAAGCAAAGGCUGAAUCUCAAGAUUGGUGGCUGGUAGUACAUAUGCAUAUCUGUUGCACUAAAUGGUGGUUAAAUAGUAAUUUGUCAUCCCUGCCAUUGAAAUUGGGAGGUGCUGGCUGGAGAGGUGGGUUGUCAGCAGACAGCUGUGUUGCAGUUUUAGGACUUUUACAUGCGGGGAAUGUGCCUGACUCAAGUGCAGUCCUGGAAUUGGACUGGUGUUUGGUUUAACCUUGUUUUUAAAGCACCCCUCCAACCCCACACUCGGUGGGAGGGCUUCCUGUUUCUGCUGAGCUUUGUGUCUCCAAUGUUAAACUUGUCGGGAAAUGUGGGAUUCGAUUUUGUAUUAUUGCAGACGGGGGCUUGGGGGGCGGCGGAUUGCGGGUGUUCUGCCCCUUCUGCCCAAAUGGAAAACAAAAUAAAUUAAUAGCUCAA